AAACAACUUUUUUUUUGUUUAAAAGGUUACAGCUGAUUGUGUUGUGUACUACGAGAAUAAUGUAUUGAAAAGUUGCAGGUGUUUGAAAGAAAACAAAUGAUACUGGCCGGAGAUAAAAAUGUUAUUGAAGAGCAUUAAUUGCCAUUAUAAGAAUGUCUUGCAAAUUAAGUAGAAGGAACUUUGCGAGCGGCAGGAAGGUGAAACUGCUCCAGAGACAGCCCCUCCCGGAGCCUGCAGACAGUACAGACUGCGCAGGCAGCACAGACGGCUUGGAGAGCGACCCCACCAGCCAGUCUCCUGCCUCCAGAAGCGACAAGGAAGAUGAUUUUUCCUGGCACUACUCGUCGUGCGAGUCGUCUCUCCUGGGGCAGAGUUCCUCCAGCUUCAUGUCGUGGGCUGACGAAGUGGAAGCAGAGACGACGCAGAAGAUGCAGCAGUUGAUGGACGGCAUCGACCGCUCACUGUACUGCGAGGAACCGGCCGAUGAGAGUGUGCGACCCGAACAAUUGCAGGAGUGCAAGGAGUGGAGGGAGAAGUUUCCACACCUCAGAGUGGUGGGCCGUGGCCUGCCGACAGAGCGCGACUGCGAUGGCGCCGCUGGCGUCCUCGUGCCGACGGAGACAGAGGAAGUGAUUGCGAGUCACGGGUGUUGCGAGGACGAUGGGCCCAGCAGCCCGUGUCUCUCCGUGAGCAGGCACGGCAGCGGACAAGGGGGAGACGCGGCGUGGCGGAAGACACUCCAGAGCAUGAGAGGCGAAGUGUGCGCGUACGUGUGGUCCGAGGUGGCAAAGCGCUUGUCGGAGCAGACGUUGCCGAAGACUCGCGGUGCGAACCAGGACUCGCCCGCCAGCAGGGCGGGAUCGUCGGGGCGCAAGUCCCUCGCGACGGGGCAGAGGGCGUGCUCCCUGCAGAGGCGACUGCCGCCCGCGGGAACUGCAGACGCUCGCUCCGCACGCAAUCUGCCGUCGCUGGUCGCCCGGUGUGCGGCCGCUCCGGACCUGGGGCAGUCCUCCGGCUCCGGGAGAUGGUCCAGGCACGGCACCCUGCCGCCCAUCGAGAACAUGCAGGUGUCUAACAAGGUGAUGCCGUUCGGACGUGAGUCGCCAGGGUUGUUUGGUGAAAAACUAAACGACUUCACCGAACACAGCAUCGUCGACGGCAUGCGUCUGGUCGAGCCGAGAGUCGACUGGAGACAUCGCGCGACCUCUGGUGGACUUCCAAACUUUUAUCCUGGCAAGAAAAGUGGCAAAUGCAGAAGAGAAAAGGUAAAAAUACUGAUUCAACCAAGAAACCAGUAGGUGAGCACUGUGUCACCAUGCAGGAUCUCAAAAGCCACGAGAGAAGUGAAGCAGCAGCGCAGCAGUAGAGUGGGCGACAGUUUGACUGCAGCAGCUAGGACGUAGAAGCAGCAAGGUUAGAACAGUGGAACUCACCACUACGAGAACUAACAAUGGCAGACGAUUCUUUUGUAACCACAAGCGCUCUUAACAGCUGAAUGAUGAUAAAACUAAAGUCCAAAGUUAAAUUCCCACACCUUCCAAAAAUGUAAUUAUUUUAAUUUUUUUUUAAAUGGGGUAUUAUGGAUAAAUAUUAACUGAACAAAACUUGUUGCAAAUUAAUAAUGCAAAUUUUUAUUUAAACUUAUAACGAGAGACAAGCUUAUAUGUUGAAUUGCGAUAAAACCAAAAUAACAAAAUACACCACAUAACUUUAAAAUGUAAGUUAAUACUGCACAUAGCACCGAAAUACAAGUUAUAUCAUGGAAUUAAGCACCAUUUAACCAAAACUCAAUUCAGAUUUAAAAAAUUAAAAAAUCUUUUAAUGUUUUAAAUUCAAGGAAUGUCAUUAUUUCAGGACAAAAUUUGACCAAAGUACAUGGACCAGAAAAAAAUAUUUAGGUAUUUCUUUAUUCGUACAGCUCUUGUCAAAGCACUUUUAAACUGCAAAUGCUCGCCAAUUUAUUUUUAUUGUUCUGAAUGUAACUGCUUUAGACAAAUUCAUUACAAAUUAUUUUAUCGUUAAAAUGCAGCAUAUAAACAUUACACUAUUUUGGUGGAAUAAGUAUUAUAAAAUUGAAUUUAUAAUAAUAAAAAUAACAACACAAAAAUCUAUUUCAAUUAAACUGAACUAAAUACCAUAAAAUCUUGUCUCUACUUAUAACUUUAAAAAAAGCCUUGUAAAUCACUUGUACAGGUGAAAGUGGCACCAAAAUAGCUUUCGUAAGUUCUGUAUGAAUGUACUAUGAUUUCCUCAGAAACUGAGGGGUGCUUUUAAAAAUGCUCAUAACGUCAAGCCACUCGUAAUGUGCCAUACUCGUACCCAUGGGAUCCACUGUACCUCUAUCUUCGUUGUUCGAGCACAGUUGAAAACAGAAGGGUAGUGUUAUCUUUCUGUAUGUUUGUUAAACUGCAAUUAUUUAUUUUAAAUAAAUUAUACAAUAUGUAAUGUUUUA